GGCGGCGCUGUGACACACUGCCUCCAUACUGUCAUGGUCCAGUCAGAGCUGUAGCAGGAGUCACUGGUAUUUGGUCGGACAAGGAAUGUAAAUGUCUGAGGACAAGGAAGCACAGGAGGAUGAGCUGCUUGCUUUAGCAAGUAUCUACGAUGAGGAGGAGUUCCACCAGGCGGAGUCUGCACAGGGGGGGGAAAUGCAACUCUGUCUAGAGCUCCCUCCUGAUUUCAAAAUUAUUUUCAAAGGAGAGAAGCAAACCGAACAUAAUGUCUGCUUCUUACCUCCUUUGGUGCUCAACUUUGAGCUUCCUGCAUUCUAUCCAUCCACGUCCUCGCCGGUCUUCACCCUCAGCUCUAAAUGGAUGACCAGAGCACAGAUGAGCGCUCUGUGCAGACGCCUGGAUGAUCUGUGGGAGGAGAACGAAGGCUGUGUGAUUCUUUUCACAUGGAUCCAGUUCCUCAAAGAAGAGGCCCUGGACUUCCUGGGCAUCCAGUCUCCUCUUGAAUUCAUCAAGGGAGGAAGUAAGGCAUGUAGUGAGCGCAGGAAGAAUGACCAAGCAGCUACAGCUCUGACGCAAGGUGGCAGUCUUUCUGAAAACGCUGAAGAGAAGAAAAGAGAAGUGAAGAAGGAAAAGUGUGAAGCACAGUUGUCCCUGUCUUCUCACCUGGACCCGCGGGCCGUUCUGUCGAUGGACCCGCGUGCCGACCUCCUACCUCAGCUCCUGGACUUUGACGAGGAGCAGCGCCAGAGGGUGUUUGACAGCAAGGUGUUCGGCUGUGGAAUCUGCUUUGUAGAGAAGAUGGGCUCACACUGCAUCUGCUUUAAAGAGUGCCAACAUGUCUACUGCAAGUCCUGCAUGACCGAAUACUUCCAGAUCCAAAUACGGGACGGCAACGUUCAGUGCCUUAACUGCCCUGAGCCCAAAUGUACCUCCAUAGCAACACCGUCGCAGGUAAGAGACAGUAAAGUAGAAACAUAUUUGUAUGUGGCUGUCUUUGUUUAUAGUUCAAAGGUUAGUUUACAAUUGAAUACAUACAGUUGAAUUUUUUCAGAGGAAUACAUUAAGCCUAC